GUUGAUUUUUGCUGCAGUUCAUUUAUUCUCUCUUCAGCUUCUUCACAGCAGCUUCAAUCGGCGGAACAACAGCAGCUUCAAACAUGUCAGUGAAGGUUGCCAUAGUAACAGGAAGCAACAAGGGCAUCGGAUUGGCCAUCGUCCGAGCGCUCUGCAAGCAGUUCCAGGGUGACGUUUACAUCACAUCCAGAGACGUUGGUCGUGGUGAGGAAGCUGUGAAGUCUUUGUCCUCUGAGGGACUGAAUCCAAAGUUUCAUCAGCUGGACAUCAAUGAUCUGAGCAGCAUCACAGCUGCAGCAGCUUUCUUCAAAAAGAAAUACGGAGGAGUCGACAUCCUCAUCAAUAACGCUGGGAUUGCAUUCAAAGAGGGAGACCAGACUCCAUUUGCUGUCCAGGCUGAAGUGAUCCUGAAGACGAACUUCUUCGCCACCAGAGACUUGUUGACUCACUUCCUGCCGCUCAUCAAAGCCGGAGGUCGUGUUGUGAACGUCUCCAGCCUCUGGAGUGCUUGGGCUUUGAAAGACUGCAGUCCGGCUCUGCAGCAGCGAUUUCGCAGCGAGGACAUAACGGAGGAUGAGCUGGUUCGACUGAUGCAGAGAUUUGUCACUGAGAGCCAGAAAGGAAAACACAAGGAGGAUGGCUGGCCAGAAAAAGCAUACGGAGUGUCGAAAACUGGCCUGACGACUUUGUCCAUGAUUCAGGCUCGUCGUCUGUCCAAGGAGCGACCAAAUGAUGGGAUCCUGCUGAACGCCUGCUGUCCAGGGUGGGUUCGCACCGACAUGACGAGUGACAAAGCAACAAAGUCACCAGAUGAGGGCGCCAUCACUCCGGUGUAUCUGGCCCUGCUGCUUCCUGGAGCCACAGAGCCUCACGGGAAGCUUGUUUCUGACAAAGAGGUUCAGGUGUGGUGAAAAUAUUCAAGAAAACUCAGCGUGCAACUGUCUACGUCUCAUCUUAAGCAGCAAAUUUCCACAAAACUUUAGUGCAAAGUAUUUUUUACCCCAAAAAGUAACACAAUAUGACGACAGAACAAACAAUGACAUAAUUCUCAACUAGUUUUUCUUCAUUUUUGGAGUUUCAGCACUUGAUUGUAUCAAAACCAAAAUAUUAUUUCAGGAUAUUCUACUAAUUUGUGACCAACAUGUAUGCGAUUGUGCAUCUGUCUGCUAAGUUAAAAGAAUUAACAAAAUUAAGUGUUGUUUUCAUAAAAUGAUUCAUUGUCAGUUUGCAUGUUACAUGGAAAAACAUAACUUUGCCUUAACCGCAAUGUAUUUUUUUACUUACUACAGUAAGAAGCUUUAACAUUGAAAUGCUACCACAAUUUAUGUCAGAGCAUUGAAUGAACUUUAAAUCAGAAAGACUAUCUUAAAAUGUUCAUGAACAAUUACAAUUAAACACACUGCACUGCAAUGUGAAAUACUUUUGAUAAUUUACUGAAUAAAGGCAUAAAUGCAG